AUGCAUGCGGCUGCGCUGCUGACUGCGCUUAACAGCGGAGCACUGUGUCAUCAGCAGCAGCAGCAGCAGCAGCAGCAACAGCAGCAGCAGCAGCAGCAGCAGCAGCACAGCAGGUGCGGCGGCUGCAGCGAGACACAUGGAGAAGUCUCGCGAUUGCUUCUUGCUGCACGCAGCAGCAGCAGCAGCAGCAGCAGCAGCAGCAACAACAGCAGCAGCAGCAGCACAAUGAACGUGCAGGAGGAGCUGCAGCUGCAGGAGUGGGUGCUGCAGCAACUGGAUCGCCAGGCGCCUCCGCAGCAGCAGCAGCAGCAGCAGCAACAGCAGCAGCAGCAGCAGCAAGAGAAGCAGAGAGAGACCUGGCGCAAUGAAGACAGCAAUGCCUCAGUGCGAGAGCGUCCGCAGCAGCAGAAACAGAAGCAGCAGCAAAAGCAGCAGCAGCAAAGAAAGCUGCAGCAGCAGCAGGUGAAGCAGCACCAGCAGCAACAAAAACAGAAGCAGCAGCAGAAGCAGCAGCAACAGCAGCAGCAGCAAAGCCAGCAGCAGCGUAAGCAGCUUUCGGAGAAGCAACAAUGGCUGCUUGGAGAGCAGCAGCAGCAGCCACAGCAGCAGCCGCAGCAGCAGCAGCAGCAGCAGCAGCAGCAAGACUCUGCUGAGAAAGGAGCAGCAGCAGUUUCUCUCCCCUCUAUGAUGCUGCUGCGUCUGCAGAAGCACCUGGACUUUCUGGAGGUUUGUAUUUCCUUUGGGCGUCUGCUGCGGCUUCUGCCUGUCUCCUCUUUCUUUCGUGCUGCUGCUGCUGCAGCAGCAGCAGCAGCAGCAAACCCAGCAGCAGCAGCAGCAGCAGCAAGGCGACCCUGUCCCUGGGUGGUGACGAGCGAAGCCCCUCCAUCCUACCCUUGUCUCCAGCAGCCGAAGAAUUUCUCUCUCUGCAGCAGCAAACACAAAACAGUUCAAUCAGCAGCAGCAGCAGCAGCAGCAGCAGCAGCAGCAACAGCAGCAGCAGCAGCAGCAGCAGCAACAGCAGCAGCAGCAGCAGCAGCAGCAGCAGCAGCAGCAGCAGCUGUUUACGCCGGCAGUCGGAUCCCCUUGAGGGGAAUGACAGCAGCAACAAAAUGCGGCGCCUUAACUAAGCAGCAGCAGCAGCAGCAGCAGCAACAGCAGCAGCAGCAGAUAUUGCUCAGCAGCAGCAGCAGCAGCAGCAGCAGCAGCAGCAGCAGCAGCAGCAGCAGCAGACGUGAGGAUACAUAUUCAUCGACAGCAGCAGUAUGUGGGGUGCCAGCAGCAGCAACAGAAGAAGAGAUAGAAGCAACAAGCAGACAAAUAUGUAUACAUAAGCGCUUCUCUAUCCCUGACUCUAUCCGGCUGCAGCAGCUAUCUGUCUCCUCUCUGCGUUCUCUCUUUCCUUCUUCUUUCUCUAUACCGAAUGAAACCCUUAAACAGCUGCUACUAACACCCCCUGCUGCUGCUGCUGCUGCUGCUGCUGGUGCAGCAGCAGGAGGGGGAGAGAAAGAACAGCAGCAGCAGCAGCAGCAGCAGCAGCAGGAAGAAGAGCAGCAGCAGAUACGUGUUGCUUUCAUUGAUUUCCCGUCUGUCGAUGCAGCAACUAAAUUUAUAAAGGCAUGCAGGGGGGACGUGCUGCCGGUGGGGGGUGUUCUUUGUCCUGUUCUGCUGCUGCAGCAGCAGCAGCAGCAGCAGCAGCAGCAGCAGCAAGAUAGUAGAGAAGGAAGUACAGCAGCAGCAGCAGCAGCAGCAGCAACAGCAGCAGCAGAAACUUCUCCUGCUGCAGAAUGGAUCUGUCGUUACUGCGGCGCCCUAAACACCAACAACAGCAGCACCAGCAGCAGCAGCAGCAGCAGCAGCAGCAGGAGCAGCAGCAGCAGCAGCAGCAGCAGUUGCUGCAUCAAGUGUGGGGCGAAGGCGCCGCGGGAGACAGCAGAGGAGACAGCAGAGGAGACAGAAGGGGGCUGGGGCUGCGGUGGACCAGUGGACCCCUCGCCCUUUCUGGUGGUCUCUGAUUUGCUGCUGCUGGAUUGGGGUGAGCUGCUGCGGUGUCUGCGUCGGCGGCUGCGCCGCAGCAGCAGCAGCAGCAGCAGCAGCAGCAGCAGCAGCGGCAGCAGCAGCAGCAACGACAACAACAUAGAAAUAAUAAAUAAUUAUUUAGUGUUAGAUGCUGCUGAUGCUCUGAGGCCCGAUAGCUUCGGGGUGCUGCGGUUGGGGUGUAUGUACACUGCUGCUGCUGCCUGGCGGCUGCUGCAGCAGCAGCGACACACAGAGCUGGGGGGCCGUCUCUGCUGCAUGCGCCCCUGGCUCAUGAGUAAGGAACAAGCCAAGCUCUGGCUAGAAAUUAUAGCAGCAGCAGCAGCAGCAGCAGCAGCAGCAGCAGCAGCAGCAGCAGCAGCAGCGGUAGCGGCAGCAGCAGCAGCAGCAGCGGCAGCAAACUCGCAAAAGGAGAAUAUGUCUUCUCUAUGCAAGAUAUACAAGAUGUAG